AUGAAGAAGUUAGAGAGUGCUCUCAUAAGACUGGUGUUGCCUCUGCUGGGCGCGUUUGUUGCUGUGCAGUUGUUGCCUCGGGGUAUCCGGCUCGAGCAUGUGGAGAAUCACACCCAACCAGAACAUCAUCAUCAUCAUGAGGAGGAAAUUCCAGUCAAAUCUAGUAGUCGAUACUUAGCCCAGCAACUGAAAGAGGCUCCGUAUCGGUAUUACAUGUACGACGAUCCAGUCAUGACACAGAAAAAAGCCCGGGACAAUGCUCGCAACGAGAAAUGGACGUGGACUCGGUCCUGGGGACAGCGAUACAAAGACUACGUCAAGUGGGAAUUGGCAUACCUCAAAGCAUUGGAAGAACACCCCUGGCGGAUCUUUGACAGUCCCGAAACCGCAGACUUUAUUGUCAUUCCCAUUCCCAUCAAUGCCAUUUCGGUGGCAGGAGACCCCAAGGAAGACACACCACGAGCAUUGGAAGCUCUGUACCAACAUGAACUAUUUCAGAAAUUCCCCGAGAAGCAUGUGUGGAUGACAUUUUUGGAGUAUGCCUUUGCACCCCGAAUCAAUUUGCCCAGCCGAGUAAUAUUGGAACCAGGCGAUUUACGGGGAAAACGGAAACGGAAACGAAAGCAAAAAGGAAAAAAGGAGAAACCAGAUGCAGCUGGUCUCUACAUGGAAGAUUAUGCCCGCCUGGAAAAUAUCACCACGGCACUGCCCGUGGAUCAUCAUGCAUGGAAUCAUAAGGUCCCCUACAGUAUAAAGGAGCAGCAAGGAUGGACUUGUGAAGAAAUGCAAAAAUUUUCCUGGGGCGAGCCAUUCACCAAGCAUUCGUGGUCCAUGUCGUUUAUGGGUGCUGCCUUGGACCUCAAGACGUCCCUGGAACCUCUCACUGUGGAAUCAUUCCAGAACAAGACGUAUCAUUACCUGUACCAUAGCAGAACGACACCGUCCGUGUGUAAUUCCACUCCCCAUCGGCAUGCACUCAUCAUCAGCAACCAAACCCGGGAGGCACUUCAUCAACCUUGCUCUAUUGGCUUUGACAUUGAUCCUGCAGAAUGGAAUCGCCGGUUUAAAGAUACCAAGUUCUGUCCCUGUAUCCGUGGUGACAAUCCCAAUACACGGUGUGUCUUUCGGUCCAUCCGAGCGGGGUGCAUUCCGAUCGUGGUCAGCGAUCUCUUGGAGGACUUUGCGCCAGUCUACAAGUCCCUGUUGCGGCUGAAAGACUAUUCCAUUCCAAUACGAGAACAAGAUUUUUUGCAAGAUCCCGCCAAAGCUCUCAAUGAGGCGACCAAAACGACAGACGAGGAAUUGGCAAUCCUCAUUGAUGGGGUCAACCUGUUGAAACGAAUGGUGGUUCCCAGCUACCCGGCGUCUCUCUUUGUGGAAGCCUUUGCCCAUGAAACCAUGGCCAGCCAGCAGAGUGACUACUACAACUAUUCUCUUGUCGGUACAGUACAGUACGCAUCGAUAGGUAGUUAG